AUGGCUCUGCGUGUCGAUUACGAAGGAUCCAACGACGUCGGCGUCUUCUGUACGCUCACCAACAGCUACUGUCUGGUCGGCAUCGGCGGAACUCAGAAUUUCUACAGUACACUGGAGGCGGAGCUCAGCGACCUGAUUCCAGUCGUUCACACCUCUAUCAACUCGACCAGAAUCGUCGGAAGACUCACUGUUGGAAACCGUCACGGCCUUCUCGUCCCAAACGCCACUACAGACCAAGAACUCCAACAUCUCCGAAACUCUCUCCCAGACGAGGUCGCCAUCCGACGUGUCGAUGAGCGUCUCUCCGCUUUGGGCAACGUCAUCGCAUGCAACGACCACGUGGCAAUUGUUCAUGCAGAAAUCAGUGCAGAGACUGAGCAGGCUCUCGUUGAAGUGCUGAAAGUGGAGGUAUUCCGUGUGUCCCUCGCUCAAAACUCUCUCGUCGGCAGUUACUGUGCUCUCAGCUCGAACGGAUGUCUUGUGGCCGCCCGUACUCCACCAGAGACCCAAAGAGAACUCGCCGCACUUCUUCAAAUUCCAGUUGUGGCUGGAACCGUUAAUCGAGGAUCCGAGCUGAUUGGCGCUGGAAUGGUCGUCAAUGAUUGGGUGGCAUUCUGUGGGCUGGACUCCACUUCUACCGAACUGUCCGUUGUUGAGUCGAUUUUCAAGCUCGGCGAGCAAGGAGCACCAACGAGCAUCAGCAAUCAAUUGAGAGAUACACUCAUCGAGAGCAUGCUUUAA